UAAAAACGGAUUUUAACUGUCUUUUUUGUUUGUUUGAAUGUGGAAUUUGGAGUUCCACCUGCUUCAAAGAAAAAAGACAGGUGAGGCUAAAGAACUGAACAAUCUGUCAAGAAGAGAAGACAGGAAGGGGGACAGGAUCAUCGUCAUUGUCUCCUGCUGCCCUUCGCUUCCUAUCGCGCACAGAUGUAUGCUGAGAAAGUGGUGACAGAAGGGAAGAUGGGGAACAGGGGGAUCUCUCUGACCUGUGUGUUGACCCCCUGCCGAGUGAUCGGGGUUUGCAUAACGCUGAUGACCUUGGGAGCCAUUGGAGCCGCCGUCUGGGCCGUAGUUACAUAUUGCACGAUGGAGGAGGACACGGGGUUGUACGACGUUCAGGUCAAUUCAGCGGACCAGCGUCUCAGAGUCUUCGACUCGGCUCAGAGGAGGUGGCGCCAGGUGUGCUCCUCCCCAGCCAACGAGCUUCUAGCCAGCAUCAGCUGUGAAGAAGUGGGCUUUGUGAGUGUGGUGAACUACUCGGUUACUUCGGUGCCGGAGGCCAGCGGCGACGGCGGGGAGUUUUUCUGCGUCAAACAGGAAGAGCUCGGCUACGGCAAGAAAAUCAAAGACUCACUGUUCCCAUGUGACUGUGAGAGCAGGGAGGUUCUCACACUGCUGUGCCAAGACUGCGGCAGGCGUAGCUUUGCCGCAGACCGUAUCGUCGGCGGUGUGGACGCCAGGCACGGCAGCUGGCCUUGGCAGGUCAGUCUGCAGUACGAUGGCGUUCAUCAGUGCGGAGGAUCCAUCAUCUCAAACCGCUGGAUCGUUUCUGUCGCUCACUGCUUCCCAGAGCGGUAUCGCUUUGUGAACCGCUGGCGUGUUCUGCUGGGCUCCAUCUAUAACAAACCAGUCAACGCCAACGUGGCCGAGGUGAAGACCAUCGUCUACCACAGCAGCUACCUGCCCUUUGUAGACGCGAACAUCGACGACAACAGCAGAGACAUCGCCGUUCUGGCCCUCACUCAACCUCUCACCUUCAACGAGUACAUCCAGCCUGUUUGUCUGCCAGCAUACGGCCAGAGACUAAUAGAUGGACAGAUGGGGACAGUGACCGGCUGGGGGAAUUUAGGCUACUCUGGCCAUUUAGCAAACGUUCUUCAGGAAGCGAACGUGCCCAUCAUCAGCGACGCCGUCUGCAACGCUCCGGAUUACUACGACAACCAGAUCACCACCAGCAUGUUUUGCGCCGGCUUUGAGAAGGGAGGAACGGACGCGUGCCAGGGGGACAGCGGCGGCCCCUUUGUGGCGGACGACUGCCUCUCGAAGACCAGCCGGUAUCGCCUGCUGGGACUUGUGAGCUGGGGCACGGGCUGUGCCAUGGCCAAGAAGCCUGGCGUUUACACCCGAGUGUCCAGAUUCCUGCCCUGGAUAUCCACAGCCAUGAGGAACUAUCAGAACUCCCCAGGCGUUCACAAAAUGGCCCGAACUUGAGGCUCCUGCUUCCAUUUUUGUACUUCUUCUACUUGUGGAUGACAGUAAGGACAGAAGCUGCCGGUGACACUGUGAACCUGUCUGUGCCACCCCGAAGGGAAUUCAAGGAUCCGUCCUUCCCCGUCUCCUUUUACGCUUUCCUUCUCGCUAAAAUAUUCCAUGGAGGAAUCGCUCACUCUCUGAGCUCCUAUUCUUUGAUCACCAGAGAUCCUUAAAGUCUGUGGAAAGCAAUAAUAUCAUUAACCUCUCAUCAGCUGUAUGAAAACCUGGUUUGGAACUGCUGAGAUCGAACAUUUUCUGCUCCCAGGUGUUGCUGGCAUGUCUACAUCUCAGAUGAAAUCGGACUGUUGGGGUCAGUAAAUGUAACUGUCGCCGGUUACGUUCAGGUGAAAUUGUCGUGGAUUGUCAAUUUAGACCCAUUCAGCAUAACAACGUAUGAUUCACGGGCCUUAUGUUUGACACCUCUGGUAAAGAAGACAGAUGGCUAAAAAAAGCUAAAGUGCCAACAGCUUACUUUGAACGUGUGUCUGAUCUAAUCAGAAACAAAUAAAACACAGCUUAUACGUUCAUAAAAGAUAGAUAAAUCUUUGAGUUUUCAAAGUUGCCAAUAAAUAAGAGUCCAGCCUUUGUUAUUUUGAAGAAAUUAAAUAGGAAUUACUGCUCUGUUUCUAAGAUGACUCUUUAUUGUGUGGAUAUUUCAACUGCAUACAUGUGAGACAAGAAUUGAAAUUGUAAAUAAUUCCCACAACAUAUGAGCUAAAGCUUUUUGAUUGCUAAACUUAGUGUCACUUACGUAAUUUUGAACCUUGAAAAAUAUUUUCCUCUGUUGGGGAUUUCUGUGGCCAAUUCCAAUUAGUGCUGACUUCUGAUUGAUAAUAAAUGAAAAGAGUUUGUCCAAACUCAACAAUUAAAGCACGUUGCUCCAGCCUUUUGGAGCUAAGUAACUGUUAAAUAUCUAUGAAUAAUGAUAUCGGAGACCGUAAAGAACCUGACGAGUGGCGGCACAGAGCAGGAAAGAUCAUUAUAUAAUUACACUUGUGUGAUACAUGCCAUGUUUUUUUAUAUGAACCAGCACAAAUUUGUAAUGAUUCACAAUGCCUGUGUAAACUGAGACAGAUGAUUCUCAUUUCCAAAUCAGUCUGUUGUUGUCUUGUAAAUAUCAGUCUGUGCAUCAGAUGUUUCUUUCUUUCUUUUUUUUUUUUAGGAUUCUUACAGAUAUCAAAAUGAUCUAUAAAUUUUUAACAAGCGGAGGUGCAAUACAGACGACAAUCAUGUUCUCAAAAAGUGUAGAAGUACCUUUAGAGAAGUAUCGUACAAGAAUAAUUACAUAAAACAUGAAACAUAAGGAAAAAAAAACAAUCAUUUCUGCAGUGUGGAUUUUUACAUGUCUUGGAUUACAGUGGCAGAAAAGGCCACUGGCACUUUUUUUAUGUCCGAUUUACAAUGUGAAUGUGUGUGUGUGUGUGUUUUUUUUAAGAUGCCAGCGGGAAAUAAAAUACAAUGUGAACGUCAGGUGGCUUUAUGGGGCGUGUGUGGGCCGUAUCUCCUCAUCUGUGUGAUGAUUUUAAUACAGCCAGUGAAAUGCAGAGUGUUGAAAGUGGA